UAAGAAAAAUAUCAAAGGAGAAUAAUGGAGAAGGAAGAUUUCUUGAAGAGUGGUCAUGGAGGAGAAAAGAACCAUGAAGGGAUGAGAAAGCUUGAUUCGUCUCACGAUGAUUCUCAUGAAGAACACGAGAAUACUAUAAGAUCCAAGUUGGACUUGACUAAAGUCGAAAUGGAGGAGGCUAAAGAGGAAAAUCGGAGGCUAAAGUCAUCAUUGAGUAAAAUCAAGAAAGAUUUUGACAUCCUUCAAACACAAUACAACCAAUUAAUGGUCCAACAUGAAGAACCAAAACAUAUCUCAUCAAAAGGGCACCAUCAAGACAAAGACAAAGUUAGCGAGCGCGAAGAACUUGUCUCGUUGAGCCUAGGUAGAGGGUUAAAGUCACUGUUCCAGCCAAGUGGUUCAAUGAAGAAUAAAGAAGAAAAAAACAAAGAUAUUAUGGAGGAAGCGGGUGAUGACAAAAAGAUUGAUGGUCAUGAAAAGGGUAGUGAACAAGGGUUGAGUGUGGCAUUUGAAUACAAGGAUUUGAGUAAUCCUAAUGAGAAGUUUGAUCAUAAGAAAGAAACGAUUUCGCUGGAGAUUGGUAGUAAUAAUAAGACCCCAUCAGAGAAUAGUUUUGGGUUUAAGAACGAUGAAGAUGAUCAUCAAGAAGAUCAAGAAGAGCUUUUGCCUCAAAACCUUGUUAAGAAAACUAGGGUUUCUGUGAGAUCAAGAUGUGAGACACCAACGAUGAAUGAUGGAUGUCAAUGGAGGAAAUAUGGUCAGAAAAUAGCAAAAGGGAAUCCAUGUCCUCGAGCUUACUAUCGGUGUACCAUUGCAGCUUCUUGUCCCGUAAGAAAACAGGUGCAAAGAUGUUCAGAAGAUAUGUCUAUACUUAUCUCAACAUACGAAGGAACACAUAACCAUCCACUUCCCAUGUCAGCAACCGCAAUGGCCUCUGCCACUUCAGCCGCGGCUUCCAUGCUCCUCUCCGGCACCUCCUCAUCGUCCUCCUCCUCUGUGGCCGCAUCUGACCUUCAUGGCCUUAACUUCUCUCUCUCCGGCAAUAACAUCAAUCCAAAAUCUAAUUCACCUUUCCUCCAGACGUCUUCUUCCCCUUCCUCUUCAGGCCAUCCCACCAUCACUCUUGACCUCACAGCCUCCUCCUCAUCACAGCAACCCUUCUUAUCUAUGCUCAAUCGCUUCAGUUCUCCUACCAGCAAUGUCUCAAGAUCUAAUAGUUAUCCUUCGACCAAUCUUAACUUCUCAAAUAACACCAAUACAUUGCAGAAUUGGAGUGGUGGUGGUGGUAUUCUCAGUAAUCAAUACCGUGCACCUUACGGUAACAUCAGCACCCAUCAGCAAUCACCUUACCAAAGCAUCAUUCAGACCCGAACCGUCGGGUCAUCUUUUGAUCCCUUUGGAAGAUCAGCCUCAUCAUCUUCAUCACAUCCGACACAAAGCAAUCAUGAUCAUAUAGGAAUCAAAAACAUUACUACUCAUCAAGUGCCAUCUUUACCAGCGGAAACAAUCAAGGCGAUCACGACAGAUCCAAAUUUUCAGUCGGCUUUGGCAACUGCUCUAUCUUCCAUCAUAGGCGGCGAUUUAAAGAUUGAUCAUAAAGUGAAUAGAAGCGAUGCUGAGAAAAGCCCUUAGAGGAAGUGCUAUGUAUGUUCCUAGUACAUUGAUAUAUGUGUUUUUAGUCUUUUACUAGUUUCCUAGUUCAUCAAUAUUUUUGGUUAUUUAACCAUAUAUUUAAUUUGUUGUUGGAAUUUAUGCAACUAAUGUGUACAUAUGAAACU